AGCCGCACCAGGAGAGCUGAUAAGCAGUGAAAAUGAAUCCUGAUGAACUUAGCCUAAAUUCUAUGACUAUAAAUCCUAAAGCAAUUGAUCUCCGGGUUCACUUGAUUACGUGGAAUGUGGCUACACAAUCCCCACCUCGAGAUGUCAGCUCUCUGCUUCAAUUCGAUAUCCCAGGUUCAGAUAUUGAUAUGUACAUCAUUGGGCAUACCCUUUCUUAUCCCUUACUAUCUGCAUACAAAUGGAACAGUCCAAACAGAGGACCUAGCGCUGUAGACAACUCAUUCUAAUAAAAAAGCUUGCAAGAAGUAAAUUCAAAAGUUCUGAAUUUUCUAUCAGAUUUAGCAUUUGAUGAUCCAUGGAGUAUCUAUCUUAUGGAUAUUUUAGCUCCCCUCGGCUAUGUCAAGCUCUCCUCUAUCCGACUGCAGGGCCUCCUUCUCCUGACCUUUGUAAAGCAUCAACAUAUUCCCUUCAUACAGGACAUUCGUACCAAUUACAUUCGCACUGGCUUGUUUGGCUACUGGGGAAACAAAGGGGGCGUUAUAGUCCGUAUGUCGGUGUAUGGGCACAUGGUUUGCUUCAUGAACUGCCAUUUGCCAGCACACAUGGAAAACACCAACCAGAGGCUCGAUGAUUUUGAAAGGAUGCUGGACACUCAGCAAUUUGAUGACGAUAAUACUGGAAAUAUUCUAGACCAUGAUCUCGUGUUUUGCUUUGGAGACCUAAACUUCCGGAUUACAGACUUUGGGAUCCACUUUAUUAGAGAAGCGAUAAACAGUAAUAAAUACAACCUGCUGUGGGAGAAAGACCAGUUAAAUAUUGCUAAGAAGAAAGAACCUUUCCUGCAAGGAUUUCUGGAAGGACCACUAAAGUUUAAACCCACGUAUAAGUUUGACCAGAAUUCUGAUGUAUAUGAUACCAGCAGCAAGAAACGUAAACCUGCAUGGACAGAUCGCAUUCUUUGGAAGUUGAAGGAUGUUUCGGACAGUGAUCCUGGUGAAACAACCGGUUUGGACUUUGAACAGUUUUUAAAAGUCCGUUUGGAUAAAUACACAAGUCACAUGAGUUAUGGGAUCAGUGACCACAAACCAGUAACUGGGACCUUCACCCUGCAGUUGAAGCCCCUCAUUCUUUCACCUUCUGUUACACUGAAACCCGAAGGAGAAUGGAACGCAGACCAUGAUUCCUUAAUAAGCUAUUCUGUGGCAAAAGACUUUCCCAGCAGCACCUGGGAUUGGAUUGGACUUUAUAGGGUUGGCUUUAGACAUACAAAUGAUUAUGUCACUUACGCUUGGGUUAAAGAUGAUGAAAUUUCCUUUAGUGAAGACUGUAAUCAGGUAUACAUUAAUGCAGAUGAUAUUCCACUUGAUGGAGGAGAAUUUCUUCUUUGUUAUCACUGUCAUAAUUUGCAGUGUUUAGCAGGCAUUAGUCAGCCCUUCCAGAUUCGGCCUGGGCGAAACUUACACCUGAAGGAAGAUGCACAAGAAAACAGAGACAGCCCUUUCAAGCCUGAAAAUCCAAUGGGUCCAGACUUUUAGAGCUCACAUUCUGACAUGAUAUCCAGUGAGGGAAUUACAUUUCUCUCCCCAAAUACUUCUCCUGUUCUGUUUCCGUGUCCUGUGCGUGACAAAUUUGCACUGUAACUGGUUUAUCGUGAGCAAAGUUCCGUCAGGUCUUAAUUUAAUGGCAGCAAAUUCUUUGCCAGGAUGCCAGCUCUGUCCAUGCUUCUCCCCACUGGAUACAGUCAGACAGAUAUGGACUUUAUUAGGAAAAAUUUUAAGCUGAUUUUAUGAAAGGUUUUUGUUAUAGUAAAUUUUAAUUUAUUAGUCUUAAUUGCCUUAUAGAAUGUUGUCUUGGUACUGAGCUAAUUAUGUACCUGAGAGGUCACUGUAGUUUACAGCCUAAUCAGGCUUGCAUUGGUGCACUUAGUAAUUGCUUGCUAAUAGGCAACAUAGUAACUGGUAAAGUAAGGAACUUGUAGCACCUGAACCUGUGAAUGUUUUUCACCAAGCCCUGUAGCUGCUCAGAUAGCAGAGGGUUAUGUGAGGUUGGGGAAUACUCUGGUAUCAAGCUCAGCAAAUUGCUAGAGACAAAUACAGCAGCACUCGAAGAACGUUCCAAAAUAGUUGGAGAAAACCGGCUGUAUUUAAUUUACUAUAGCACAUCUGCUGUGCAUUAGGUUCUGGUCCUGCUAUUGGUCUCAUCUACUGUUUUGCACUUUCUAAUCAUAUUCCAUACGUUCCUGAGCAGAAGAGAAAAGGUGGCCAUACAUGGGCAGAUUUAAGCUGUAUGGGGCUUCUCUGAUGGCCUUCCCAAUCAAUAUUUUGGCAAAAUCAGCCAGGUGUUGAUCAGACAGGUUUGAUUUUCCUAUCAGAUUGGAGAUUAUGUUGGCUCAUGUAUUUGGCCCUCUGAGGGCUCUGAUACCCAUCACUGUAAUUUGAUUGUUGGCCCUAGAGCCAAACAAUCAAAUUAGCCCAAUAUUGCCCACCUUAGGUGGCGAGGUCCUGAAAAGUGCUGAUAUUAACAUGUAUGGCCACCUUAAGUGCUGCCUGUGAUGGCUUUUUAUCAGCUGUGUAUUUUUAUUGCUACGUGGCCUUUUCAAGAUUGAUGGAUAUAGUCAGCGCUGGAAUUUCAGAUGAUAGGCUGCACCCCCCGCAGGAUUGCACCCAUCUGCUACCUUGUUGCUUACAUAUGGAGCACUGGGGACGGACAGGACGUGCUGAUGUUUUCUUUGCAUCCCAUCCCCAGUGCUCCAUAUGUGAGCAACAUUUAAGCCACCCUAGGCCCAAGCCUUUGUGGCUUCGCUUCAAAUACUGCCUGGAUAUAGUCACCCAGAAAAUCAAGCUAUAUGUGCACACACAUGUUUACAUGAUAGAUAAGGUGUGUAACAUUGAUAUGGGCAUUUCUUACAUUCCAAAUGUACCAUUUUAAAGCACACACCACAAGACAGCACUUCUUGCUCAUCCAGUACUUUAUUACAUUGUUGCUUGUGUUCUGCAUUUCAUAGCAUGAUGUGAUGUCACUUUGCGGUUACUAAUGGUGUAGCUUAUUCUGUGCACAGAACAUUCCUUUGCUGCUUAUUUGCUUUAUAAAUAUGUGUGGGAGCUGCCUUAAAUCUAAACUCCAUUGAAAACAACAGACAAACAACAUUGGUUGAUGACUAGGCAUUAGUCAUAUAUAUUAUCCAUUAGUAGCCAUGAUACAUAUAUAUAAAUAUAUAGCCUAAAUAGAGGUAAAGAGGUAUGUUUUACAUUAAAGGGCAAUUGUUCAGUAAAAGUUCAACUGCUCAGUUGUGUGUCUGCUAGGGGCUAUACUAAACAUAUUUUCAUUUAUCUACUUAAGUUUGUGCCCAUGUCAUAUGUUCUUACUUAUGAGUCUCACUUUUGCAUCACAUGCUAAAAAAAAACAUGGGAAUACGGGUGCAAGGCCACACUUAAUGUGGCCAUACACGGCAUAACCCGCUCAGUUUGCCAUCUCGCAAACAAGCAAAUCUUUCCCCCAAUAUGCCCACCUUGGAGCCAAACGAUACAAAAAGUCAGAGUGAGGACCCCAUCAUUAAGCCAAUGCUGUCCUUGAUCCAACAGAAAAAACAAGAGUGCCCAAUCGACAUAUGGCCGAUUUUUGGCCAGAUAUCUGUCAGGUAGGCCUGAAAGAGGGCCUCAUACAUGGGCAAAUAAGCUACCAAAUGAGUCUGAAGUAGGGAUGCAACAAAUUCACUAUUUUGGGAUUCGGCCGAAUCAUGAUUCAGGUCAAAUACCAAACAAAUCCUAAUUUGCACAUGCAAAUUAAGUUAGAGAAGGCGAAAAACUUUCUACUUCUGUGUUUGUGAUGAAAAGUCACAUGAUUUUAAGAAUUCAGUUUGGUCAGGACCAUGGAUUCGCCAAAUCUUGCUGAAAAAGGAUGAAUCCCAAACUGAAUCCUGGAUUCGAUGCAUCCCUAGUUUGAAGGACCCAAAUCGGCAGCUUAAAUCUGCCUGCAUAUGAGCCACCUUUACACUGUAGGCCCUUAACAGCUGUAGUUCCCAGUUAGAACUGCUGCAAUAGACUCAUUGGAGUGGAUUUUUAUAUGUAGUUUGUGUCUGUGUUUCACUGUGGUGCCAGAGUUCAGUGUAACCAGCCUGUGCCUUUUUGUAUGUUCCCCAUUUUGUAGCAGCUGUUUGGGCUGCCUAUUGCAGUUAAGUGCUAAUUGGUGGCUCUGAUGAAGCACAGCAUCAGCUUUUUUAAACCUGCAUCCUUUUAAAAUUACAUACAAGCCAUGGGCACACGUUUUUAUUAUCUUUCAGUAUUUAUUUUUAUUUGAUAUUAGUUUUACAUUGCUCAAAGGGUUGCCAGUCCUAGUGCAUGGUCUUCCUUGGAAGAGUCUCUUGGGGCCAAGUGAGGCUUCACAGUCUACGGAGAUACUGUAAUACAACGCUGCACCAAAGGCAUUUAUUGCACCCUGUAAAUCCAUUGUAAGCUCCAGGUUUUAUUUUGUGGAAGGGAAGUUAUACUCUAUACAUUCAUCUGUAAGGGCAUAGCUUACUAUAUGCUUGGACAUUCUAUCUCCUGCACAUUCGCUUUUCUAUGUGUGCCAUAUUGCAUUCUCUGCUAUCAACCAUUCAUGCAACAUGACGGCUCCCACCCAUAUCCUACUGUAAAUACAAAAAAAAGGAUUUUCUGUGCAAUAGGUUAUAUCUUCAUUCCCUACUUAGAACUGACAUAAUGAAAUUUAAACAUGUAGGUUAGUUUCAUAUCCAAAAAAUACAUAUAUAAUGUGUAGCUGCAGAGGAGUCACUGUAAUGCAUGUCUUGCAAUUUACAAUACAUUUUUAAUGUUUAAAGCUGCAGUAGUGUGCCCUGUCAUUCCCUAGUUAGUUAGUCAUUUUACCUUUGCAGUUUGUUUUUAAUUACAGAUGUACUUAUUUCUACAGUAUUUUAGCUUCAGAUAAAGAGUACUUUAAAUGACUAUUAUACACUGAUAUUCAGGUGGGUUUUACUUUUAAAGACGUACCAUGUGUCUCUAGUGGUACAUUGCAAUGGACAUAAUUCUUUAUUACCGAACAGAAUGGGCAGCUACAGACUAAUUGCAAUUAUUAUUCAAUGUACAAUCCAUAGGAAAAGUCUGCAGCUUGUGACAGUUUUGCACAUGUAACUAUAGGAACCACUGGGUAUGUAUUGUUAUUUGUAUUAUCAUGCAGUGCGUGCAGGAUUCUCAUAGGGCUAGAGAACCGCACAGCACAUGCAUCCCUGCAACACUGUUAAUCACAUUGCCAAUAAAGUGAGAAUUUUA